AUGGCAUCCAUCAUUGCAGUAGCUGGAGGCACUGGCGAUCUCGGUCGUACCAUUGUUGAGGCUAUUCUGGCAGACGGAAAGUUCUCAGUCGUCAUCUUGAGCAGAAAGAAGGAAAUCGGGGCUUGCAUUUUGCCAGUCGACUAUAGCAGUGUCGACAAUAUUGCUAGGGUCUUGGAGGAGAAUGAUGUGCAUACGGUCAUCUCAACCCUCAACAACAUGGCGUCUGCCGCGGCCACCAAACGAUAUGUUCCCAGCAUCUGGGGCGCCAAAUUCAGAAGAGAAUACGCGGAGGAGAUGCCAAUCAUUAGACCCAAGAUUCUGAUCAUUGACGCACUUGAAAAGACCAACUUGGAGUUUUCGGCUUGGUACCCUGGAUACUUCGCUGACUACUAUGUGUGUCCGCCCCUGGAAAGUCAUCUCACGAGCAUGGCUAUGGUCGUGGACGUCGUCAACAACAAGGCAGGCAUCCCAGGCUCUGGAGACGUGCCAGUGGCCAUGACUUUCACAUCGGACCUCGCCAAGUUUGUCGCCGCAGCUCUGACCCUACCAAAGUGGGAGCAGGAGACGUAUCUUGUUGGCGACAAGUUGACGUGGAACCAGCUCGUCGAGCUCGCUGAAGCUGUCAAGGGUGUCAAGUUUGACGUUUCCCAUGACUCAAUCGAAACGUUGAAAGCUGGCAAGGUGACGAAACUGCCUCGCCAUAGAUCACCUUAUCCUUACAUCUCAGACGAGCAGCUACAGCCUAUGUUUGCCAUCUUAGGUCUCAUGUUCGAACGUGGUGUAUUUGACUUGAGGGUCGAGACCUCCAUCACGCAAGACUUUCCUGAUCUCAAAUUGAGGUCGAUGAAGGAGCUGCUGGAAGAGGCUUACAAGCUCAAAGUUUGA